CGCAUGCUCUCCUGAAUCAGAACCCGGAGUCGGGGCCGCGCGCGGAGGUUUCAGGUUCGAGUCCCAGGAGCGGGUUUUACACUGCGGAGCUCCGGUGCAGGGCUGAAGUUUUAUUCCCGGUUCUGCAAGAAGAAGAAGAAGAGGGAAAGAAAAACACAACACGAGAAAACCAACCCGAAUCACACCAUGGCUGUGCUGAGGAGAGCGCUCGUGCUGUGGCUGACCUGCUCACCGAUGUUAUCAGUCCAGAUGUGCGGCAUCAGGAUAGCCCUGGAGAUGGAGAAAGAUGAGUGCUUGGCUAAGUUGCAAAAUGUCACAUCAGGCUGCAGUGGCGAGUGGGACUUCGCCUGUUGGCCGUCAGCAUCUGUUGGACAGCUGGUCACCAUCCCCUGCCCGAAAUACUUCACUCACGUCAGUGACCGGGAAGGUAAUAUAUCGAGGCUCUGUACGGAGGACGGCUGGACGAUCGACGACCCUGCUUUGAAUGCUGAGAAAUGCGGCUACAGCAUCAAUUUCACGGAAACGGACAUGAUGGAUGUCUCUCAUGGUGAAUUCCUGCGCUCGGUAAGGAUCGGAUACACCAUCGGCCACGCCGUGUCUGUCGCGUCCCUCAUCAUCGCCAUCUUUAUUUUGUGCUUUUUCAGGAAACUCCAUUGUACGAGGAACUACAUCCACAUUCACCUCUUCCUGUCAUUCAUCCUGAAGGCCAUCGCGGUGGUAAUGAAGGACGUGGCGCUCUACGAGGUGGAACCAGACGAGUGCAAUCCUGGAUCUGUAGGAUGCAAAGCUGCGAUGGUGUUCUUCCAGUAUAGCGUCAUGGCCAGCUUCUUUUGGCUGCUGGUCGAGGGCCUGUACUUACACGCACUCCUCGCCGUCUCCUUCUUCUCCCACAAGAAGUACUUCUGGUGGUACAUCCUGAUUGGUUGGGGCGUCCCAGCAAUCUUCAUCACCAUAUGGAGCAUUACUAAAGCCUACUUGCACGAUGUCGGAUGUUGGGAUUUUAUCGAUGACGAUGUGUGGUGGAUUAUAAAAACCCCCAUUUUGAUAAUAAUCCUGUUGAAUUUCAUCCUGUUCAUAUGCAUCAUCCGGAUUCUUCGUCAGAAAAUCAACUGCAGGGACAUCGGCAGGAGCGAAUCGAACCAAUACUCGAGGUUGGCGAAAUCGACUUUGCUUUUGAUUCCUCUGUUUGGAAUAAAUUACAUCAUCUUUGCCUUCAUGCCUUAUCAUGUACGGUCUUACAUGCGGCUGGUGGUUGACCUUAUAUUGGGUUCUUUUCAGGGCUUCUGCGUUGCCAUCCUGUACUGCUUCCUAAACGGAGAGGUGCAGUCUGAAAUCAAGCGGAAGUGGCGACGGUGGCACAUGCAGAGGUUUCUAGGCACCAGCACCAAAUACCACCAGCCGUCUUUUGCCAGCAAUGGCAGCACCCAGAUCACUAUACUGACCAAGUGCAGCCCCGGUACGCACCACAUCUCGGGCUGCAUGGACGACUUCUCGAGCAUUUGAGAUGACAGAAUGGCCUAAUAUGCAAAUCAGAACUCUUGUACACUCCCGGGUCAAUCCUGAGCCGGUUUCCAUCAUCACAAUGUGAACGGCAUGGCAGUGGAAUGCUGUGGUGUUUAGAUGGUCACUGUUUAAUAGGCAUGUGGUCUAGUGUAACCAUGAUGUGAAUGCUGAUGUUCUUAAUCAUUCUGAUAGCUAGGCCCAGCGAGGGAGACUGGGUGGUCAGGACAGAUUUUCCCAUUUAUGGUUUCAUUAUCAGGAACCUUUCUGUCAUGCAAAUUUUUUUAUGCCAUGGUUUUAUUCAAGAAAGAUAAGGCAAUGCAGAUCCAUUAAUUUCGAUUCUUUUUUUUUUUUUUUGAGAACCAAAUAUUUUAAUCAUCAUGUCCAGCAUCUGAGAGCGAACAAGACAGACAGAGGAUUCCACUCUGAAGUAUUUGAAUGUCGAAUAUGUUGCGUUCAAAUUCUGAAUCAUCCACAACUCUUUCUCACACGCGCACACACACGUCCCAGGUUCGGAUCAGUGAUGUGAGGCCUGACAUUUCGGACUGUCACCUCCCUUCAUCUGGGCCUCAUUAGCCUGCCCUGGUUGGAUUAAAUUGUCACUUCUCAAACCCUUAAUUACCUGUAUGGUGACCUCAGAGGUGUGUAUUAGGCCUGUUUUAUUUCCCUUUUUUCGCUCUUAUUAUCACUUGGACGUGACCAGCCUGAACAAUCUGUCUUCUUAUCUGCUUUUCCUAUUUGCUUGUUAUCCUGUCCUUCCUUUCUUUUUUUUUUCAUUUUAAUUGCAGACCCCUGGUCUAUUCCACUGACAGUCAUAAAGAAUGUUUCAUUUUAAUUCUUAUGUAUGUAUGUAUGUAUGUGUAUGGAUGUAUUUGGGGUGUUUUGUGCCUGUAAUGGUAUUUUAUAGAUCUCUCUGUAAAUGUUGGUGUUGUAAGCUCGAAUUUUGUACAUUUGUACUGUAUAUGAAGUGUAUUAUUGUGUUGUAUUCGUUCAGGCAGUUCAGAAUACUCUUAUUUUUUUAUAUUUGUAAAUGUAAUGUAUCAUUUUGGGACCAGACUGAUCAGAAUCACAUUUUCUGUGGAUUGGUACGAUUCGCAUGAAUGUUUACAUGCAUGCUCCGAAUUCAUGUGUAGAAGAGAACACGUGUUUAUGUACAUGAUGUUAUCCUGAGAUUGGUCAAUUAAAUUUUUUUCAGAUA